AUGUCUGCUGGGACUCCCGAGGCUGCUCAAUUCACCACAUUACUUGAUUUUACUGUCGAUGUGGGAGGCGUAGAAGAGCUGAAACGGUUUGUGCAGUAUUGCUUUGAGGAAUAUUAUGUUUUAGCAGGAGCCACUGAGGCAAAAAGUAGGAAAUAUAGGGCAUGUUGCGCUUGUCUUUUUGAUACCUUAGCGACAAUACAAAACUUUGCAGACUUCCACCAAGGAUUUUGUUCAGCGUGUGUGAAUGCUGGUGUCAUUUCAAUAUGCCUUGAAAACGUGAAACGAAUUGAUGCUGAAAAUUUGGACUGGGAAGAAGGAGAUGAAGACUCGGAGCCAGUUAUAAUAAUUGACAACUGCCUUGGAAUUUUGUAUAACAUUUCACAACGGUUCAAGAACCGUGACCUGUUUGCAAACAGUCUCGAAACGCUACUUUGUUUGGCCAAGAAGAAAGUAAGAGAGAUUGCAGCCCACUCUUUGCUUACUCUGGCAUAUUUAGUUAAUGAAAACACAAAUCAUCUCCUUCUGGCGGAAGAAACCUUGCUCAGCUUUAUAAUAACAUUGUUAGAUGAAGCAUGGCAGUCGGAAGAACGCCGUUCGAUUGGAUAUUCUGCAAAGGAACUCGCAGAAGGCCUCAGCCAUCUCGCCGUCAACGACACAAACAAGAAAAUUCUAGGACAAAAAGGAGCCACGAGUGUUUUGAUUUCAGUCAUCAAAACGUCCAGCGAAGAUGCGGAAAAAGUAAGUGCUAUUAAAGCAUUGUGGAUGUUAGCCUUUGAUGACAACAAUAAAAAAGCUAUACGCCAAGAAGACGGAGCUGUGGGCCUUUUAUGUCAUUUACAACACAGUAAGGACUCACAAGUACAAAGGGCCGCUGCAGGUGCAUUGUGGGAGGUCGAAGGGAAGACAGCUAGAAACGUGGAGGGGACCGAAUCGACAGGGAAUCACGUGAUGAUCAGCUACCAAUGGGAUUCCCAGGAAAUGCUCGUCGAAGUGAAAAACAGGCUUCAAGCAAGUGGAUACAGAGUAUGGAUGGAUCUGGAACAAAUGAGAGGAUCGACCUUAGAGGCAAUGGCCAAAGCUGUUGAGAAUUCUUCUGUCGUCCUUGUCUGUGUCUCGGAACGAUACAAGGAAAGUCCAAACUGUCGUUCAGAGGCAGAGUACGCGUACCAGUUAAGAAAAGAUAUCAUUCCUUUGAUGAUGCAACGCAAAUACCGUGGAGACGGUUGGCUCGGUAUGCUCGUGGGAACAAAAUUGUGGUUUGACUUUAAUAGUCAGCAAUCUAUAGAACCAAGUGUAACAAAACUAAUCAAAGAACUUGGAGGAAGAGGAAAGGAUGUUGACAACACAGAUGAGCCAUCCGUCACUCCAGUGGCUCCAGCAGUUCAUUCAGAUGAUGUCGACACUGAACCCUCAUCCCCAGGGGUGUCUAGCUGGACUAACGAAGAGGUGAAACAGUGGUUCAAAGAAAUUGGAUUAGAAAAGAUUUGCAAGGAAGACAUUUCGGAGAUAAAUGGAGAGACGUUGAUUGAUCUUCAGCAACUACGUGGGGAGUGUCCCGAGUAUUUCUACAAAUGUUUAGAACGGGACUUGAACCUGACAAGAAUGGUCGAUAUAUUCAAAUUCAGGAAAGAACUGAGUCAGCUGGUAGGAUAUUAAGUGGCAUGCAAUGUGUGUCUGUUUUACAGCCUAAUUUACUGACACGUUUACCUGAAAUUUAAAACAAACCGUUUUUUAAGACAAAAAAGACUAAGACCAACAUACAAAUUAAAAAAUACGAGGAAAAGAAAAAGAACGAGAAAAGCAAAAGAAAAAAAAGAAAAUUGAAACAGUAAUACGUACAUCAUUGCCCCCGCUGGGAGGCACUCUAGUAACUCGCGCUCAUAUACUUACAGUUGAAACAUACAGUCAGUAUGCCAGAAAAAAUCUCGAAUUGUUCGAACAGGGGCCGCGUGGAAUCGGUAGAUAUAAAUGAUAACGUUUCUAUUGUUCGCGCCCGCAAGUAUGAGAUAGUUAGGAUGACGUAAAGACAGAAAAUCCCGAAGGGACCGCUUAGGUAGAUUUUGUGACAUUUAUUGUGCAGUCAUAUUUCGAUACUCUUUUGCGUUACGUGUUAUCAGUGACAUUCUGUGAAGCAGUUGUUGUUUUGAAAGUUAUGGACUAAAGGACACUCGUAUAACAGUGUAUAUGUUGUUGUUCAAUUUCAUCCUUGGUUUAAAUUUUAUUUUCCUUUGUGUUUGGGUAUGGUAAUGUAUGUUAAUGAGUUUGAAACACAGGAAAACAAAAUUUAAACCAGGGAUAAAACUGAACUACAACAUAUAUAUAAAUACUUUUAAAUGGAGAGUUUGCCAGACACGAGUUCACAAAUCUUUGAUUAGAAACCUUGCCUGACAGUCUUUCUCGAUCUUUGUCUCUUUGACCGGAAUAGGAUUCAGCCCCAAACAAGCAAGACGACUGAAUCAACGGCUGGCUUAUCACUAGAAUUACAGAAAUCCGCCGACAAACAAAUUCUGUGCGGACUUAUUUCCUGCGCACAGAUGUCCUUCCGCUAUAAAAAUUAAAAAAGAAUAGAAUCAGGGGCACCCAACGAGAAUAUAGUUCAAAACCACUUAAACAUAGCAUUGUUAAACGUAUUUUAGUCUUUAAACGGUAGAUAUAGGCAUAUUUUUAUCCCCUAAAAAUUUUUCAUCUGUUCGGAUUUCCUAGCUGAAAGUCUCGAGAUCCGAAAAUCAUAGGGAUCAAAACUUACCUUUUCGAAAAUUUCGGCCAGAAAAAAGGCUCCCGAAAAUUCUAGGUGAGCUCUUUAGGGUAAAAAUCCCUUAAAAAUGAACAAUUACACCAAUUUAUAGAUGUUCGAAAAUCCUAGGAGAGGUAGGCAAGCAAGAAAUUUUACAAAAAAUGUUCCUGUUCCGAAAAUUCUAGAUCUCAAAUCGUCUUCCGAACAGAUAUUUUCCGAAAAUUGACGUUGGGUGCCCCUGUAGAAUGUGGGAGCCUGAAUUGAUCAAACGUUCUUUUAAUUACCAAGCCAAUUCCGGCAAAUAAAAUGAACUGUAUGUGAAAAGUGAAAGGGAAAUAGCGAAAAAUUCAACUUCUAAUUAAAUCUUUUCUUAUGGUUUAGAAUAAACUAUUCUCGAAACUGAGAAUGUUUUGAUCAUAGCUCUGUAAAUCGAACAGAAACUGUGCAUGGAACCUUGCGUUUCCUGUUUUUAUCUCACCUAUUGUAUGGAAUAUGCGUGAAAAUCUUCAUUUAACUAUUCGGUAUAUUUCAAAGAGCUACACAACGAGCAAGAAUACUAUUGAUCGACAAUAUACAUUCACUUCGCUACCCAGUUCUAGGUAAUGCUUUUGAUUCGUUGAAAAUUUAAUUCAUCCAAUCAGAAGCACUGCACAGAUCUGGGUGGUGACGCUUCAUCGCGCGGAAAUCAGUGGUGUCGUCACGAAAUGUCGGCUAUUUUCUCAGGCUAGGUCUUACACCCCACCGGUACAAAGUUUUUUCUUUGUCCUAUUUGCGUGAAUAAUAUGUGCCCUCUUAUUCUUUGAAAUCGUUGCUAUACCUGAUGGUUUCAGUUUUGCAUGAAAAUAAGCACUAGCGUUGACAGAAAACCUGCUUUCUCCAUCAUGGUUUUUUGUACAUGAUUUCAGUCACUCUCCAUGCCUAAGAAAACCACCGUAAUGAUACCGAGAAGCAGUGAUAAAGACAGAAGCAUUUGUUUUCAAAAAUAUGUUAAUGAAGUUAUUUCUGUACAAAAUGAAAUUGGCUAACUAUAAUAAAACCAGAUAAAAUAAGAUUUUCUGACGCUACAAAAAUGGGAGGGGGCUUAACUCCCUGUCACUACCUUCUCGCUACGAGAAGUCGAGAGGGAGGAAAAUAAUCAUUUCAGCGAUGUUUCUAGGAAACGCAGUAUUACUAAAUAUUUGUUUAAUCUGUUAUUACCUUGGUUCUUUCCCGCUACGGAUGGAUGGUGAAUGUAUACAGCUAUUUCGAGAAACGUUGUGGGAAAAAAUGUGCACGCGACAAGCCCGAAAGGUAACAUGGGAUAUGAUCAAUACACUAUUCCCGACAAAGUAGCCGUCGAACCUACUUUUGUUGCUUUCCUUUAGCACUCGCAAACAUAUGUUCGUGGCCUCUCUUGCCCUUCUUUCAAAUUUCUUUGAACAACAAUGAACUCAAAACCACCCACAAUACCUUUCGGGAUUGUCGCGUGCACUUUUUCCGACAACCUUUCUCGAAAUAGCUCUAGGUAAUAGUUCUAGAAGGGACGAAGUAGGUUUGACGUCACAAUGAACCCUUUCAAGAAGUUCGGCUUUUACAUGAAAACAAAUGGUUUCAGUGUUGAGUGUAACAUAUCGAUUUACACUGUUUCCGGCUUCGAAAUGCAGAAGCAGAGCUGAAUACAGUGUGACUAAAUGUAGGAUAGCCCACUAAACCGGCCUCUAAAGCCGCAAUGCUGGCGAAAAGUACAUAGGAUUUUUUCAAUCACUUUCUUAAAAACAUUGUUUCAAUUUGCUAAACCAGUUAACGAUUUACAUUUCCCUUGCAAACACGUCGCGGUAUAUCCGCUGUGUACGCUAGCGCAUCUAGACAGCACCACAACCACCAACGGAAAGCACUACCGAUACCACCGACACCAAUAGGAGACAGUCUACUGUCAUUAAAGGACUCUAUUCAAUCACACAUGUCCGUCCAAGAUCAACGGUCUAGUCCCAAAAUAGAUAACGAGGAGAUAAAAGAGGACGUUUAUGUUGCCUGCGUCAAUACUGAUUUGAAAGCGUCACCCAACGACACUCUUGAAACAUGCAUAGUCAAACAUCCCGACAAAGCUGAGAAUCUAAUAACAAUGCUUAACAGACUACAAGCGCUCAAAAACUUUGUUGAUAAAAAUUUAAAUGACCCAGACGAUUAUGCUACAAUGGGUAAGCUGACUCUCGAGGGUUUAUUUAAAACAAGUAGCCGUAGCCGAAUCAGCUGGGACACCCGAAGCAAAACAGUUCACCACACUUACAGAAUUCAUCAUUGAUGCAGGUGGCGCUGAGAAGUUGAAACUGUUCGUACAGCAUUGCUUUAAGAAAUACAGCUACGCGCUAACAGAAGAAACCGACGAUGAAGAAGAACCAGCUGUCGGUUACUCAUGUCACCAUUGUCUUUGGUUUGCCUUAGUAGUCAUACUAAACUUCUCAGACUUUCACCAAGGUUUUUGUUCAGCGUGUGCGGAUGCGGGUGUCAUUUCAAUGUGCUUUGAAAACGCCAAACACAUUGAUACUGCAAAUUCCAACUGGGAGGAGGAACAUGAAGAUUCGCGGGAGCUAGUUAUGAUAAUUGAAACGUCUAUAGCCGAUUCUGCAUAA